ACUGCACUGCUGAAGUACAUUUAACUUGACUUAUUUAUAAGAAAAAAAGCCAACAAUCCCAGGAGUUUCAUGUAUAGUUUAUAUAUCAGAGCUUAAAUUUUUUACCUUCUUCUUCCUCUUCUGCCUUAGAAGGGCAUUCAGUGUGAGCUUGUAUGUAUGUACAAAAUCGUCCAGUCUGGUUAGCCGUCUCCGUUGAAAGCGGAUCUUUUUGAGGUCCCACUGGCUUUUCUCCAUUAUUCCUUGUGUUUUGGUGUCUUUGGUGUAAUUCUGGAGUUCAACAUGUACAGUACGUUAUAUAACAUACAAAUGGCUUCAUUCACCUUAUUUGCAUUCAAAUCUGUAAUAUCCAGGAUUGAAUAAUGCAAUGUUUUUCAAUUUUUUCGAACAGAUCUUUUGUGUUAUAGUACCUGUGUGGGUUUACGGGCAGUAUUUUGAACUUUUGAGUAAGCCUGUCAUACACAGGACCCGUUCCGUGGCGUCCAAGGUCACCUGCCAAAAGAUAAUUCAACUUAAAUUUAUUUACUGAAUAAGCUAUUAAAACAAACAUGUAUCAAAGCAUAUGCCAUAGAAGAGGACUAACCCAGGAGUAAGCCAGACCAAAGAGCAGCCUGAGGAAAGAAGUAUUUCAGCAAUGUUGGAAUGAAUGUUGGGCUGAAAUAGACAUUCGGAUCCCCAUCUUUCUCAAGCUCUGCCCUCUGAAUGACUACCUCAAAAUGAUGUUUGAACGUUGUUGGUCCCACAUCAUUCUAGAAAAAAUAAUAAGAAAAUUUUUUUUUUUCUUGAGUUGGAUCUUGGAAACAAAUGUAAACCGUCAUUCCUUAAGGAUUGUAGUCAAUUAGCAUUUUGCUAUAAUUAUGGAUGUGAAUACAGUCCUAACAAAGACUACAAUUAAUUAUUGCUAUAAAACGGGUGGAAAUUGAGACAAUGAUCACAUACCACAAAGUCUUGCUCCACAAUGUUUGUGUCAUCAAUGCCAGUAUGUCCUGCUUUUAACAACAGCCUCUGGAGAUUUUGGAGGCUGUGGGAUUUUGGAGGUUCACUGUGGGAACUGGAAAACACCAUGGCAGCACUGAUGACAACUUCAUCCAUGUCUUUAAGUGUUGUAGCCUGGGACAUGAGGCCAAACACAUGCAUUGCCAGGUGGUAAUGUUGGGAGGCACUGCAAGGACAAAGCUUGUAAAAUAAGUUUUACAGAGAUUUCCCAUGUUAUGAUGUUAGAAAAUGUUCAGCAUAUACAGCAAUCACUCACUGUUUUCGGCAUAGGUCCUUUGGAUCUUUCAUCACAUGACUCAAGCAGCGAUGCAAAUUCGGAAGCCCUAUUCAGUCCUCUUGCCCUUGUCCGGUUGCAAUGUCAUAGUACUUGCACAGCAGUUCCUGAAGGCUCACUCCACAGAAGUUGUAGGAGAGUGCCUGCAGGAGGACUAUGGAGCCAUCACAGAUCAACAUUGCUGGCCUUUAAUCACUCUUCUUCCGUGGAGUCUUCUUAAGUCCGUCACAAAGGACCCCAGGAAAUACGACACGGAUGUUGUGGUGUGGUCAUUUGUCAGAUAAGUGGCCACAGGAACAGGGGAGGAUCCUUUUGAUGGAUGUCUCACCACCAUUUCAUACACAUAGAAUGGGGCAGUUUGCCCCUUUCCUUUGUGCACAAUGCUGCCCGUCGCAUCCAAAUAAACAAUGUCCGAUUUGCACCGCUCAUAAAACAAGUUGAGAGUCUUGUCAAACCAAUACAUAAUGCUUUUGGGCUGCAAUAUUAUUUUUUGGAUAACUGCAUCCUCUGAAUCUUGCUCUUGCUCUUCCUCCCGCAUAAUUUCUAAACUAAUCAUUUCGUUUUUGUGUCUUCUGUUUUUUUUCCGACUAUUGCAUGAGAGCGUUUUCAUGACACCGGUUGUAGGAACCUCAUCUCGACAUCCGGAUUCCACAACACUGUCCUCCAGGUUAUCCAACUUUUAUAAAUAUAAUGUUCUUGACAGUUUGGUGGUGAGGACAUCCGCUAUGCCAUAGCGUACCCCCAUUUGAGAACCACUGCGCUAUGGCAUCCCUUUCAUCUGCCCGCACCGGACGUCUUUGCAGCUCCUCGCUGUGUUGCCACACUCUGUCUCCACUAAAGGUCACAACCGCCUUGAGUGAUGACUCAUCUUGUACUUUCACCUGAAUUUUAACAGGGCAGUCAUUAAAAAGACAGUAGCCUGAACAAUAAAUUACAGGUGCAUUUCUAGUCGACCCAAUCGUUUGGACAUUCUGGUGCUUGAAUGCAAAGCUGCAAUGUGGAUGAAUGCUGCGGAUUCCAUUAGCAAUAAAAACAGUCCAGUUCAGCGUCCUCCUGAGUUUUUUCCAUUGAUUUUCAGUAAGAAAAAAAAAACAGGGUUGCUUAGGGAAUGGAUGAGAAAAGAAUUGUUCCUCAUAUUCUUUUUCAUCCGCUGAUGAUGAUGUUGUGGAGCCCUUGCCAUUGUCUGUUGUACAAUGGAACUGCAAAACACAGUAAAACAUAAUCAGCAUCAGUGAACAAGUUGUUGUGAAGUUGCCUAAUAACAGUAGAUGCACGUUAACCAUUGUUGUCACAGGGUAUUAUUUACUGGAUACCUAACAGUUCUUUUGUAGAACUUUCUAUCACCAUGAUUUGAAAAAACUGAUACAGUAUUCUGUAUUUCAUAACAAUUAUGUCAUUAUUGACCAUUGCAAUAUUUACCUCUGGAGUUUCCGCUGGAGUUGUCGAUGUAUGUGUAUUGGGCUGUUGGUGUACUGGCCCUACAGUAAUGUCAUCAGGCUGUGGGGAAACUGGCCAUGAAGUAUCAUAAUCAGGCUGUGGGGAAACUGGCCAUGAAGUAUCAUAAUCAGGCUGUGGGGAAACUGGCCCUGCUUUUUGUGGAGGCCUCACUGCUUCAUUGAUCUGAAACACAAUUUGAGUGAUUCUCAGAAUUUUCAUCUUCACAUCAAAGGAAACCUUGAAAUGAAUAAUUAGCUCAGGAAUGGAUGGAUUUCUUUACGAAGACAUGAUAUACUAAUAAAUAUUGAAAUGGUAAAAGUAAAACCUUUAUUACCUUUCUGUGUCGAUGAUAGGCAUGUUUAAGCCUCUUCCUAUUGAUAUUGCCGUUAGCAAUUCACAGAUCCUGGCAUGCUUCACCCCAGAAAGUUGUGUCAUCCUUUUCUUCAGCCUUAGCAUGAAGCUUAGCUGAGGCCUGAAGCUUUUCGAUGACCAACACAAUAGCCUCUGCUGUAAUGGAAACUCUUCUGGACUUAAAUUGAAAUAACAAGUAAAAUUUUUGGGUCAUUUAUAUAUAUUUAUAUAAGUUCAUGCUUGUGGCGAUAUUGGUCCUUAACAUUAAUUAUUUCAAAGUGAAUCCACCAAACCUUUUAAUAAUACCCCAGUGAAAAUGUAGCAUAAUGACAAAAUAAAAUGUCCCUUGUAAGCAAGCAAGUCUUUUCCUGACAUACUGUUUUUAAAUAAACAGAACAUUUGAAAAAGUUGGCAUUACUUUGUACUAAGAAAAGAAUAAGGAUGCACAAAAGUAUUUGUACUGUGGUAUUACGGUUUGUACAUGAAUGUUGAUUGUCAAGAGGGAAGAUGUAAUGUCCUAGACAACCAAUUAUAAAACUGGUUGAUGAUGAUAUGAUAUACGAUAUGAUGAAAUGCAAGCAAGGCUGUUGUGAAGUAAGGCUGUCUAUCUCUCCUCAGCUCAUUUAAGUCCCGGGGACAGCGCUGAGCCCCACUAUAGUUUAGACGUUUAAAUCGUUGCGUACUUACUAGGGCUGACCGAUAAAUCGUAUUUUCAUCGUCAUCGCGAUAUGAACAUGCGCGGUUAACACAUCGGAAAAGAUGCCUGAAACGCGAUGAAUAAAAAUCAUUUUAUUUACACGCGCCAUGUAUUCACACCCAGCAUGCGAACAUUUGACCUAUCAGAUGGAGCCCUGGAUACAUGCGCCAUGCAUUCACACCAUUUGGCCAAUCAGAUGAAGCAACAGCUAGCCGUCGGCGCCGGCAGCGUCCCCGGGUCCUAUGUUCCCCCGGGUCCUAUGUGUUCCGGAGCCACCCUCAAAUUAAUUGGUGUUAAUUUUGUGGCGACUGCGAGGCUAUGUAACACGAUGGCGGAGAAAGGAGAGAAUAGCGAGGAAAAUGUGGUUGACGAAGACCUUGUGGUGAAAAAGAACUGCACUUCUGCAAUUUGGAGUUAUUUUGGAUUCCGUAGCGACGACGUGUUACAAACACAGGUACUGUGUAAAACAUGCCGAACAGCUGUGGCAACUUCCAGAGGAAACACAACAAACCUCCAUCACCACCUGCAACACAACCAUAAAGAACUACACGAACAAUUCAAAGCUAGCCAAACCACAAAACCAAAAACGUUGAGUAGCAGCAAAUCUAAAACCUUGCAACAGUCCAUUUCUCAGAGUUUUGCGUGCGUGACUCCUUACGAGAAAACAUCCAAACGCCACGGAGAAAUAACAGAGGCCAUAACUCGUUAUUUGGCUAAGGACAUGAUGCCUAUAAACACAGUGACCAAAGAUGGUUUUGUGAGUCUGAUAAGGAAACUGGACCGAAGAUACAGCAUUCCAUCACGCAAUUAUUUUUCCCAAGUCGCCAUUCCAAAAAUGUACGACACAUGCAGGAAGACAGUGGAAUCGGAACUGGGUCAAAUUGAACACUACGCCUGUACCACAGAUCUUUGGUCCAGUCGAACGACAGAGCCCUACAUCAGCCUCACUGUACACUUCCUGGAUCAAGACUUUGAACUGAAAACGCGAUGUCUACAGACAGCCUACUUCCCCGGAGAACACACUGGGGAAAACAUUGCGUGUGGACUACGUGAGGCUUUGACCAGCUGGAAUUUGCGGGAAGAGCAGCUAGCUUGCAUCACCACCGACAACGGGUCAAACGUUGUGAAGGCCACCGAACUCAACCACUGGGUCAGACUUCAGUGUUUUGGCCACAGGCUGCAUCUUGCCAUCGAAAAUGCUGUUAAAGAUGACAGCCGCAUUGCCCGUGCUGCUGGGCUUUGUAAAAAAUUGGUGGGACAUUUCUCCCACAGCUGGAAGCAGAAGAUGGCACUGAAAGAAGCACAACAGGAGCACAACCUCCCAGAGCACUCACUCAUCACAGAAUGCCCAACUAGGUGGGGCUCGAGGCAAAAGAUGAUGGAGAGGAUCUUGGAGCAGCGGCAAGCCAUAUCUAAUGUCCUCUCGGCAGACCGAAAAACACGGCAUCUGGUUCCCUCCUGGCAGGACCUGGAUGUACUGGAGUCUGUAAACCUGGCAUUACACCCUUUGCAAGUAUUUACUGAUGCUCUUUCCGGGGAAAGCUAUGUGAGUGUUUCAUAUGUGAAACCAGUCCUUCAUCUCUUGAAUACAUCAGUUCUUGCAGAAAAGGAAGAUGACACCAAUUUAACCAAGACCAUUAAAGUGAAAAUCCUGGAUUACAUGAAUACAAAGUAUGAUGACCCAGCAACACAAGAACUUCUGGACACUGCAUCCUUCAUGGACCCCAGGUUCAAGGUCAGCUACAUCAGCAGCGAAAGAGUCCAAGACAUCAAGACCAGGGUGAUGUCAGAAAUGAAAGAAACAGCACGGAAGGAGGGAACACCUUCUGACAACACUGAGGCCCAAAGCAUGGAUCCACCCAGCAACAAGAAGGCAAAGCGAUCAUUGGGCAGUUUGCUCAAAACAAGUCCAGGCCCCACCACUCCCACCGCAUCUUCCAUGCAGCUGGAGCAAGCUCUUGAAGCUGAACUUAACAGCUACUUGCUGUCCCCCACCAUUGACAGUGAGGCAGACCCUUUGGCUUGGUGGAAACUCCACCAGGUCACCUACUCAAAGCUGAGCAAACUAGCUCGGAGGUAUCUUUGUAUAGCUGCCACUAGUUCACCCUCUGAGAGGCUAUUCAGCACAUCAGGGAAUGUGGUAACAUGUCAACGUGCAUGUUUGAAACCCAGCAAAGUCAACAUGCUGGUUUUCUUGGCCAAGAACUUGCCCUAAAGAAUAACUUGCCAUAAGGGUAGAUUUUUUUUUUCCUGAUUGUAUCUUGAUUUAGUUAUUUCAAUUUUCCCCCGCAUACUAUAGAUCUCUGCACCUUGUUGGGCGGAGUCGAGGGCCUUGAUGAUUGUAAUGGGAGACAUUAGUUAUUUUAAAUUGCCAUGCCCAUGUUUAAUUUAUAUUUAUUUAAUUAUUUAAGUUGUUUUCCCCCAGAUAUUUUUUUAUUUCAAGAGUUCAAUGGUUUUGUUCAGUUUAGAAGAAAAUAUUUUAAAUAGAGCAGGGGAAAUUAAACUUCGUUGGGUGUUCAUGUUGUGCACUUUGUUCAAUAAAAGUUAAAUAAAAUAA